AUGUCCGGAAUAGAUUAUGCCAGUAUCCGGUCCAAUUCAAUGUUUGGAGCAUCAACCGCUAUAACCAGUAUUCCCUCAUCAAGCAAUGAAAAAUCUAUUUCAAAAAGAAAAAAACGCCGUCAUCGAACAAUUUUCACGCAAUUUCAAGUAGAUGAAUUGGAGAAAGCCUUCCAAGAAGCUCAUUAUCCUGAUAUGUAUGCUCGUGAACUAUUAGCUAUGAAAACUGAAAUUGCUGUAGAUCGGAUACAGGUUUGGUUUCAAAAUCGUCGAGCUAAAUGGCGAAAAACUGAAAAAACAUGGGGUAAAAGUACAAUAAUGGCAGAAUAUGGUUUAUACGGUGCAAUGGUUCGACAUUCAUUACCACUACCAGAAACAAUUACACGAUCAUCGGAAAAUCCAAAUGAAUCUACUGCUCCAUGGCUUUUAGGAAUGCAUAAGAAAAGCCUUGAAGCAGCAGCACAUUUGGAAAAUGGUGAAAUUGAUAAGGAAUCAAAUGAGGAUGACAAAUCGGUGGAAGCAUGCUCACCUGGUAUUUCAAAUAAUAAUGAUAAUAACAAUAAUAAUCAUAGUACUAAUAACAUUAAACUAUCUGCUUAUCAUCAAUAUGAUAAUUUACAAUAUGUAAACACUAAUACCAAUGCUACUAGGCAAUAA